AGAAAAAAUGCAGCCCACUUGGGCGGACCUCAAGUUUAUCUUUUGGCAUGUAGUUCGCCAGACAUGAACCCUAACGCACAGUAAUCAUGCCGUGUUCUGCCUUCACAACUCAUGUACUUUGCUGUCUUUGUCUUUGGGGAUGUGUGGCAGAGAGUAUUCAUACAUUACCUCAUGUGGAGCGGUUUGAUGUGGUGAGACCUAAAAGACAGAGCGUCAGAAAGGUACAUUCUGAUAAAAGUCCACAAAGCCAUGAGACGUAUCCUGAUAGACUCACAUAUAAAUUAUUCUUUGGAGGGAAAAAUCAUGUGAUUCAUUUGGAAAAGAACAGGCAACUCAUUGGACAUAAUUACACUGAAAUAUGCUAUCAAGAUGAUGGACUGAUUGUGAGCAGUAAUCCAAAUUUAAAGGACAAUUGCUACUAUCAUGGCCAUAUUCAGGAUUUGGAAGAUUCCUCAGUCAGUGUGGGAAUCUGUUCUGGAAUCAGAGGUUUUGUUCGAGUGAAACAGCAAGUAUACCUGAUUGAGCCCCUGACCAACCACAGUGAUGGAGACCAUGCACUUUAUAAGCAUGAACAUCUGAGGUGGAAGAGAAGCUCAUGUGGUGAACCAAGCUCUACCGUUUAUGACCAUGAAAAACCAGUGGCUGUCCCCUUAAAGUCCACCAGAUGGAAAACAAAGCGAUUUCACACUCCAAGAUAUGUGGAAUUGUUUCUUGUGGUGGAUAACACUGAGUACAGAAACUUUGGGUCUAACAUGGACAUAAUCAGACCCAGGAUGCUGGAAGUUGCAAAUCAUGUUGACAAGUUGUAUCGACCCCUUAAUAUCCGGGUUAUGCUGGUUGGUCUUGAGGUCUGGAUGAAACGCGACCAGAUUGUGGUCAGUGUGAGUUCUGAUGACACUCUCAGUCGGUUUAUUGAGUGGAGAAAGAGCAAUCUGCUUAAAAGAGUCAAACAUGACAACGCUCAGUUUGUGACUGGAAUUGAUUUUUUGAAUGACACAGUUGGGCUGGCAAACAAAUUUGCAAUGUGUGCUGAAAGCUCAGCGGGAGUCAAUCAGGAUCAUAAUCAGAACUCACUAGGCCUGGCAUCCACAAUCGCUCAUGAGAUGGGUCAUAAUAUGGGCAUGUCCCAUGAUGAAAAUCACUGCACCUGUGGCUCAUCAAAUUUCAAUUCCAUCUGUAUCAUGACAGAACGUGUAGGCACGCUGUUCCCGGAGCUGUUUAGUGACUGUAGUCUGGAGCAGCUGAGUGUGUUUCUAGACAAUGCCAACCCCAGCUGCCUGCUGGACACCCCCAGCUCAUCCAGACUGUACAGUGGGUCUAUCUGUGGUAAUGCUUUUCUGGACCCUGGAGAGGAGUGUGACUGUGGAACAGUCGAGGAAUGUGAAAAUCCAUGCUGUGAUCCCAUGACCUGCAGGCUCACUGAAGGCUCACAAUGUGUUCAUGGAGACUGCUGUGAGAAUUGCCAGAUAAAAGAUGCUGAAAGCUUGUGUCGAGCACCUGAAAAUGAGUGUGACAUUCCAGAGUACUGCACAGGGCUCUCGGAGCACUGCCCAGAGAAUGAUUUUAAGAUGAACGGCAUACCUUGCAGCUCUGGCCAGGGUUACUGCUAUAAUGGCCAAUGCCCCACUCACCUCCAGCACUGCCAAAGACUUUGGGGAACAGGUGCCAAAGUGGCUGCUGAGGCAUGCUUUUUUCUAAACACAUUUGGAAAAAAUGAUUCUCACUGUGGAAAGACCAAAGGUGGCUACAGAGCCUGUACAAAAGAAAACAUGUUUUGUGGAAAAAUAUUUUGCGAUGGAGGAAAUGACUACCCCGUGACUGGUCAGAAAGCUGUGAUAGUAACAUUUAGGGGAUUUUGCAACAUAGCUGGGGACCAAUCUGAAGAAGACGCCCUCAGCAUGGUCCCUACUGGCACAAAAUGUAGGCACAAUAAGGUUUGCUAUGAUUAUAUGUGCCAAGACCUGAAUGUUUAUGGUAGUAAUGAUGAUUGCUCACUGCAAUGCAAUGGAAGAGGGAUUUGUAAUCAUAAAAAACAAUGCCACUGUGAGCCUGGAUGGGCACCUCCUUACUGUGAAGUCAGAUAUUCUGAAUUGCCAUCCGGACAAGCAAAGAUAAUUGGCAUCUCAGUAGCAGUUGCAAUCGCUCUACUUGUACUUGCACUAUGUGGAGUCUUCCUUUAUUGUAAAAGAAGAAAAACCAUCGUCAGCCACAAGAUAAAAACUCCAUCUGCAGGGCAGUUGAACCUUCUUUUUGAGAACAACAGUGCCAAGAAGGACCGCCCUGAGAUCAGCCAGCCCAUAUUCAUGGGGACCACCAUAACUCAACCCUGCACCCCUCUAACUGCAAGAUUGGGCCCGACCCAUCCUGCUCCACCACUUCCAAAAAAGUCACCAUCACAAUCGCAACAGACCAUAGUAAAACAGGGGAUCAAGUCGACUCCACCUCCUGUUCCUCCAGUCAAACCAUCUUUAGCAACAGGAUCCUGGAGGACAGAUCAAGUCACAGGAGACACAGUCAAGGUUGUGUUGAGACCACCCACCAUUCCAAGAAGAUGACCAGACGUGAAAUCAUCUUGUGACUCAUUUCAACAAAUUACAGUCCUUCUUGUUCACUUUUAUAGUGUGGGAGCGGCUGAAACACAAAGUGAUUUUUUAAACAAUGGUAUAAAAACACACACAUACACUGUUGUGUAUGAUGAUAUAUUGUAUAUGUAAAACAUUUGAAUGUAUGGCUGGAAAAAUAAUCAACAGGCCAAAAUGCUUUAUACCGUAAUUAAUUUAAUUGAACAUUUACAGACUAUUGUGGUGAAGUGAAUGUAUUAAAUUCUAAAUAUUUUUUAAAACUUUUUAAAUAAAAGUUUUUAUUUUUUACUGAUUGCAAAUGGAAGCAGUAGCAAUGUCACAUGCAGAAUAUUAGUAAUAAACGAAUCUCAUAAAAUAAUGAUGCAAUGCUUUCUACUUUAAUGAAAUACAAUAAUGUCAUUUUGCUGAAUUGG